CCCUUGACUCGCCCCCGUCACAUGAUACGGAGCCCAGGGGAAGGGCGGCGGCGAGCGGGACCGGGAGCGCCGGGACCGGGACGGACGGGCCAUGGCGAUGGAGGGCGGGAUGAAAUGUGUGAAGUUCUUGGUUUUCUUCUUCAACUUCAUCUUCUGGGUGUGCGGCGUGGCCCUGAUCGUCAUCGGCAUCUUAGCUCUGGUGGCCCUGGGUAAGGCCCCGGUGGCCCCGAUCGCCGGCUCCAGCUGGACCCCGGUGGGCGUGGUGGUGCUGGGGGUCGUCAUCUUCUUCACCUCCUUCUUCGGCUGUUGCGGCGCCUGGAAGGAGAGUUACUGCAUGGUCACCACGUUCGCCGUCCUGCUCAGCCUCAUCUUCCUGGUGGAGAUCGCCGCCGCCAUCACCGGAUACGUCUUCAAGCACAAGGUGCAUGGGCUGGUGGAGGAGGGGCUCUGGGAGGCCAUGAGGAGGUAUGACCAGGACCCUUCGCUGACCGCUGCGCUGGACACCUUCCAGAAGGAGUUUUUCUGCUGUGGGGUGGACAAUUACACGGAUUGGGCCAGCAUCGGGCGCUUUGGGGACAAUGACACCGUGCCCCGGUCCUGCUGCCGCAUCAGCACCGACACCUGCAAUGUGCGGCCCACCCCCGACACUGUGUACGAGAAGGGCUGCCUGCCCAGCCUUGAGGCGUGGCUCAAGAGGAACAUCGUGGUGCUGGCAGCCGUGGCGCUGGGCAUCGCCUUCUUCGAGAUCCUGGGUGUUGUCUUCUCCUGUUGCCUCAUGCGUGGGAUCCGCAGUGGAUACGAGGUCAUGUAGCCCCCCCACACCCCCCCCAGAUUCCUGCCCUACCUGGGAGGCUCGGGGGUGCCCCCCCAGGUUUGCAAUAAAGACGAAAAGCUUCUGGA